AUGAUUGCUGCUACCAUACCGAUAACAGUUUCGGUAUCCGCGCUGGCAUUCCACGCAGUCAAUCAUCAUGAUGCCAAUACAGGCGACACUCCCAUCUUCGACCGCCCCAGAAACACCUUCGAUAUCACGGCAGAGACACUCAGUGAACUGAUCGAGUCUAGAAGUCUAGAAACCUUCCACGCGUUAGGCGGUCUUGCCGGGUUGGAGAAAGGGCUGCGAACUGACCGAAAUAGUGGACUAAGUAUCGAUGAAUCAACCAUUGCAGACUCUGCCGAGACAACGGAAAUUGCGACAGGGCAACAGAAUGACCGGUACACGGACAGGACAAAGGCCUUCGGGAAUAAUCAUCUCCCAGUGAAGAAACAGCCGAGCAUUUUCCAGCUCAUGUGGAUGGCAUAUAAUGACCAUGUUCUGUUCUUUUUAACUGGGGCGGCAAUUGUCUCUUUGGCGCUCGGUUUAUACCAGGCACUCGCGACCGAGCACUCAGCCCGCAACCCGCCUGUUGAAUGGGUGGAAGGGGUCUCGAUCCUCGUCGCCAUCAUUGUCAUCGUUCUUGUCGGCGCCGCCAAUGAUUUUCAGAAGCAAAUCAAGUUUCAAAAAUUGAACAAGAAGAAGAUAGAUCGCAACGUGACGGUCGUUCGGUCCGGUCACGCUCGUGAAAUCCCGAUCUCUGACCUAGUUGUGGGAGAUAUUGUGCAUGUGGAGCCUGGGGAUGUAAUCCCAGCGGAUGGGGUUCUAAUCCAGGGAUACCAUAUCAGAUGUGAUGAGGCGUCCACUACCGGCGAAUCUGAUCUCCUACGUAAACACUCUGGAGAUGAAGUUAUCGAUGCGAUUCGAAGGAACAGUGAUACUCAAAGCUUAGACCCCUUCAUGAUAUCCGGGUCAAGCGUAGCUGAAGGGGUCGGGUCGUACUUGGUGAUAGCGACUGGCACCAAUUCCAGUUAUGGCAAGAUUCUUCUCACACUAAAUGACGACCCUGGUUUUACACCCUUGCAAACACGGCUCAAUGUAUUGGCGAAGUACAUCGCCAAUUUUGGUGGGCUUGCAGCCCUUGUGCUAUUUAUCAUUCUCUUUAUCAAAUUCCUCACCAGCCUUCCUCACAGUAGUCUAACACCCACAGAAAAGGGACAGCAGUUUCUGGAUCUUUUUAUCAUUUCACUGACUGUCGUGGUGAUCGCAGUCCCAGAGGGCCUUCCACUGACAGUGACCCUUGCACUGGCUUUUGCGACUACCAGGAUGCUCAAAGAUCAUAACUUAGUCCGCAUGUUGAGCGCCUGCGAAACCAUGGGAAAUGCAACAGACAUAUGCUCGGACAAGACCGGGACUUUGACCCAGAACAAGAUGACGGUCGUCGCUGGGAUGAUUGGCACUACUGGCAAGUUCAUUGAUCCACAACAGGCGGACAACGAUGCUACUGAUCCGUGCGCCAGCCCAACUGCCGUCGACUACACUCGGUGCCUUGCGCCUGACACAAGGUCACUUCUAAGGCAAUCCAUUUCACUCAACUCAACCGCAUUUGAAAGUAUCGAAGCAGGUAUCAAGUCAUAUGUGGGGUCUAAAACAGAAGCUGCCCUCUUAGCAUUCGCUCGAGAUCAUCUAGGAAUGAGCCAACUUGAUGUUGAGCGCUCAAAUGCGAAGGUUGUCGAAGUUUUCCCUUUCGAAAAUGCUCGUCAAUGUAUGGUCACAGUUGCUCAACUGGAAAACGGCAGGUAUCGUGCGUAUGUGAAAGGGGCUCCGGAAGUGCUUCUCGACAAGUGCACCGAAGCAGUCGAGGACCCAAGCAAGGGGCUCUCCGCAAGACCGAUCAACGCAGACAUGGCCCAGGGCCUACGCCAGAUAAUCGCUGACUAUGCCGGCCGGUCUUUGAGAACAAUUAUCGUGUUGUUUCGUGACUUUGACAAUCUUACUUUCCUCAGCAUCAUGGGUAUCCGAGACCCACUCCGAAACGGUGCUCGAGACGCCGUGCAGUCUUGCCAUAAAGCUGGUGUGACCGUUCGUAUCGUGACAGGUGAUAACCUAUUGACAGCGAAAGCCAUUGCCGAAGAAUGUGGUAUUAUCACAAACCCAAAUGAUCUUGCUAUGGAAGGCCGAGAGUUUCGUCAGCUUGGCGACUCACAACAGCUAGAGGUCAUUCCACGUCUCAGAGUUCUAGCGAGAUCUAGCCCAGAAGACAAAAGAACAUUGGUUCGUAGAUUGAAAGAAAUGGGAAGCACUGUUGCUGUCACUGGCGAUGGAACAAAUGAUGCCCCUGCUCUGACUGCAGCUGAUGUUGGAUUUUCCAUGGGCAUCUCUGGAACUGAAGUCGCGCGCGAAGCCUCGUCAAUUGUCCUCAUGGAUGACAACUUCAGCUCGAUUGUGAGAGCAAUCAUGUGGGGUCGAGCUGUCUCAGAUGCCGUCAAGAAAUUUCUGCAGGUAAAAUCGGAAACACAAUCUCUCCAUUAUGCGCAACUGGGAUGCUAA